AUGAAUAACGGAAAAAAAAGGCUUAACAAUUACUUAAAAAAUAAGGAAAGGAUAAAGAAACUAAAAAUAGAAAGAAAAGAGAAACGUAAGGAAGAAAAUAAAAUUGAAGGGAUUGUAAGAAAUGAAAAAAGUAAAGAUAAUAAGGAGAAGGAACAUUACAAAUUUAAAAAAUAUGCAUUAUGUGUCGGGUAUGUAGGCAGCAGAUAUCAUGGAUGUCAAGGUCAAGGAAAAGAAUCUAUGACAGUGGAAAAUGAAAUAGAAAGAACAUUAGUAAAAAUUAAUGCAGUAAAAAAAAAUGGGAAAAAUUUUAAUUUCUGUUUAUCUAGAUCGGCUAGAACAGAUCUAGGUGUGCACGCUUUAUAUAACGUCUUUGUUUAUAAUAUUAAUAUUGACUGUACCUUCUCAGAAAAUACUAAAGGAGAGGUUGAAGUAGCAGGUGAAGUAGAAAAUGGAAUGGAAAAUGCAGCGGUAAGUGAUGCAGGAAUAGAAGUCCAGGAGGUAGAAGACAUUUCGAAAGGAAGGACGAUAAACAAAUGGAGGAGCAGCAAUCAUGAGGAGGUGAAUGUUGAGGACGUCAUACAAAAUGGUAAAAGUGAACACGAUAGUAUUACCCCAAAUUACACUAGUAACAGCUUUCUUUAUAAAAAUGAAAAGAAAGCUAUCAACAAAAUUAGCAGUACUGAUGAUCCUACUAAGGAAGAUGAAGCAAAACAAACGACACAUAAAGAAGAUAGUGGUCGAAAUAGCAAUGAUGAUGUUUUUGAAAAAAGAAAAGAAAAAGAAGAGAAAUUUAUAAAAAUUUUGAACUUACAUUUACCUGCUGAUAUCAGGUGUUUUAAUAUUUAUAAAGUUACUAAAAGUUUUGAUGCUAGAAAAUUUUGCUCAUUCCGAUUGUAUGAAUAUCUAUUUCCUGUAUAUGUAUUGAGCGAAGUAGAUAUUAACAUGAAAUAUAAAGAAGUUUAUGAUGAAGUUAUUAGAAAUAUUGAUGAAUAUGUGAAAGAAGAUAAAGAGAAAGUAAAAAGGAAAAGGAGCAAUUCGUCUAGGGUUUUGGUGGAUGUGCACAAUGGAAGUGCUUCCAGUGGAGAGAGGCUUAACGGGGGCCUCCACGAGAGUUGCUCUAAGGAUGGACGUGAAAAUGGAAAUAAGGAUGCAAGCAAAAAUGAGAGCAAUACAUGUGGAUAUAACGACGGCAAUAACUAUGGCAAUAACUAUGGCAAUAACUAUGGCAAUAACUAUGGCAAUAACUAUGGUAAUAACUAUGGUAAUAACUAUGGUAAUAACUAUGGCAAGGAUGGCGCCCUGUGCACUCAGAAAAGCUGCCCCGAGAAGGGAGAGGUUCGAUUGGAGGAGGAUAUUUUCACCAUAAAAAAAUACAAAGAAGAAUUAACGGAAGAAGAAUUAACAGAAUUUUUUGAGAUAUUCAAUAACUACACAGGAUAUCACAAUUUCCACUGUUUCACAAAGUAUAACGUAGAUCAAACGACAUAUAGAUAUAUAAAAUAUUUUGACGUAAGCACAGUGAAAUUAUAUGACUAUAAUUUCUUAUCCAUAAAAAUAUUAGGACAAUCAUUUUUAAUGCAUCAAAUAAGAAAAAUGAUAACGCUGGCUGUUGAAACAUUUCGAAAAGCUACUACACAAAAUUCUAUUUAUUACUGUUUAAAUAGAAAGCAGUAUGUACCUAUUUCUGUCUUUCCAUCAGAUGGCCUAAUGCUCAUAUGUCCUUAUUUUAAUUCAUAUAAUGAAAAAGUGUGCAAUCCACCUCAGAGUCCACAAAUAUGUUUUAAGGAAAACGAAGAAAUUACAAAAUUUAAGACGGACAAAAUUGCCAUAUGCAUUAUUGAAAAAAUGAAAAACAAUGUAUGGAAAGAGUGGGUUAACAGGAUGAACCAACGCCCCUUCGUUUUUCACUUUAUGAAGGAAAAGAUGUGUAAAAACUUAAGUCAGAAUAUUUCAUCAAUCCAUAAUAAGGAAAAUCAAAGGGAACAGUAA